AUGGCCAGGGAGUCCAAACACCCCUCCCUCUCACUUCACUGCUUCCUCUUCAUACUGACCACCAAAUGUUACUGGCUGUUGGCCUCUGCCACUCAGAAGCCCCCGGACCCCCAGCUGCCUCUGCAGGAGUACGCCCACUCCAUCCGGCUUGACGGUGACAUCAUGCUGGGCGGCCUAUUCCCUGUGCACUCCCGUGGCGAGAGAGGUGUACCCUGCGGGGAGCUGAAGAAGGAGAAGGGCAUUCAUAGGCUGGAGGCCAUGCUGUUUGCGAUUGACCUGAUCAACAAGGACCCAGAGCUGCUCCCCAAUGUGACCCUGGGGGCGCGCAUCCUGGACACCUGUUCUAGAGACACCUAUGCCCUGGAGCAGUCGCUGACCUUCGUCCAGGCACUCAUCGAGAGGGACGGCUCGGACGUGCGCUGCGCCAACGGAGACCCGCCCAUCUUCGCCAAGCCGGACAAGGUGGUGGGGGUCAUAGGGGCGGCGGCUAGCUCGGUGUCCAUCAUGGUUGCCAACAUCCUGCGGCUCUUCAAGGUGAGGAUUCUGUUUCCGCUAUUUAAAAUGGAUGUUGUUUUUUCCAUAGUUAAUGUUCUCUAUAUUAUUUAAGCUAAAGUUUGACUCAGGCUUAAGAUCUAGCUCUAGCCUACUCUGAAGGCUUUGAAAAGGUCAAAGAUUUAUUAUGUUUUUGUCAGUCUUCCCUUCAACGUUCAGUUGGUUUGCAUAGCAGACUUUGUUCCGCUGUCUUUGACAUUAGAAUGCAGAUGGGGCUUCCCUAGGCUGUGCUGUGGUGGAGCGUCAUCUUGACAACAUUUUAUUUAAAUAAUUAUUUUCCAAGCUAGUGGCUGGGCUUUUGUUAGAAAUGUAGGGAUUUUCUGGACACAAGCAUCAUGAUCCUGUCACAUGACGUCAGCUGGUAUUAGAGCUAAUUCAUAAUUAUGGGUUGACACCUUUGCUCUGGCAUUGAGACAUUUGGGCUGCAUGCUUGGCUUGUUCACUAUUGAAGCAGAUAAAGCUCAAUUAGCCAACACCCCAUUAGAAUAUAUUCAGUGUUAUUAAAAUAUGUUUUACUAACUCCAGAGAGCUGGAAACUAUCAGUUGGUCUUAAGCAGGAGUUUACAUUGGUUCUUGCAUUCCAAUCAGAAGGUCUGAAUUUCAGUGACUGACCAGUGGUAGACUCAUGAAAAGGUCAAACCAUUGAUGCGAAACAACUGGCUACGAUAUGGAGUCUCGGUUCCCAGAGAGAGGUGAAUGAGAUGUCAUUUAGCACAUCAUUUUUGUUGGAAUAUGUAGUGUCAGCCUGUAUAUGAAUACCCAAUGUUUCUGUGAUUUAACUGAUGUUGAUAUUGCAGCAUAUUGCUGUCAAAACAGCUUGAUAUUUUGUCUCCCUUCUUAGUAAUAGAGAAAGCAACUAUUCUGGAAGUAAAAAUAGAAGGUUUGAAAUUAUAUAGACAUGCAUUGAUAUGUUGCAUUAAUCUAAUACAGCCAUUGUCCUUUUCAUAGUCAGCACAGAUAUGACAACAUGGAGGAGAGUAUAAAUAUUCACUGGUCUGCUUGAGGAGAAAAGGUGACAGUGGAGAAUGACCCGGACAGGAAAAUAUUGAAUGAGGUUGAAUCUUCGGCCUAAAGCGGUGGCAUGAGCAAUGACUUGUCUGAUUAAUUAAGAUGCUGAUGGAAUAGCUUGAAGAAGCAGGGUCAGAGGUCAGAACGGGGAAGAGGAAGGGCCUGACAGGCUACAUACAGAGGUUCUGCCCUAACAAAGUGGAUCAUGUAAACCAUCUGCUGGGUGCAAGACGUUAUGUGAACCACAUCUCAUUGUUUUGAAGGGAUACACAUUCUCUUUCAACUUGUUCGUAUUUAACCCCCACAACACACUUGUCUUCUACCCAACACCUCUCAGAAAAACCUCCAUAUCAAUGUCCGUUUAAGGAUGCGUUACAUCCUGAGCAUGGAAGCUCUGAUUUUACACUCCAUUGACUCCCAUAAACAGACUAAGCAUGCUUUCUUCACUAUCGAUCCGUGUGCAGAGGACUGACCAAAUUACAGUCUUAGUAAUGGAAUGUAUAUGCACAGCUUCAUCUGCAAGACAAGAGGAACACUCCAGAUAAUUGUUUCCCCCUAAGUACUGCUGUGGGAUCAGCUUUCACUUUCACCCAAUCCCAACCUUAAGCAUUGAGGUUGUCGUUUGCUGUUCUGUGUUUAGUGGUGGUGUAGUAGUGGUUUAAAAGGAUGUAGGCCUAGGGGAGAUCCCAUUGACCUGUCAUUCCAAACUGUGACUGCCUCAAUUAAUCAAGUUCCAAGUCACAACCAGUCUGUGCAGGAUAAAACCACAUUGAUGUUCAAAAUGGCUCCCUAUAGAGUUAUGAAAUCCUUACUUCCCACACAAAGCGUACAAAAACAUAUGUAUGUGAUCGUCCAUAAUGUACAUAUAUCCAGUAUCACUGUACACUAUAUUUAUGUAAUUAGGUGUAAUUAGAAUUUGGGACAACGUAUACAAUAGAAAAGGUGCCAAUCCGGGACCACUUCAAGGUUUUGUGGUAUUGAUGCUGAAGAUGAUGUUCUCAGCACGUGACUAGGCAGAGAGCCUUCGUGGUCUAUGGUUCAAUGAGCCUGUUGGCACCUGAAGGUGGUGCGGUCAAUGUGUAUCUGACACUCCUCUGAGCUCUCUGACCCAAAUGAGGCUGACCUGGGGUGUGCUCUGUGGGGUAUGAUUCAACGUUUGAGGUGUGUUUUGUUGAGCAUCCUACUCUGUAAUAAUGUCUUCUGCUUUGUUCAACUGAUGUUCAAAUGAUGAUGAUGAGGAUGAUGAUGAUGGACCAGAGGCAUAUUAAGUUCCAUUCAAACAACAAAACUAAGGAUGUGUCAUUAGGACAAAAUACUCUGAGUCUUCAAUGUGACAUUCAAUGACAGAUUCUGGAAAGCUGCCAAAAAGAAUAAAAUAACAAUUGGAAUUUCACUCAUUGAAAUGCAGUGAACAAAAAUAUAAAGGCAACAUGUAAAGUGAUGGUCCCAUGUUUCAUGAGCUGAAAUAAAAUAUCCCAGACAUUUUCCAUAUCACAAAAAGCUUAUUUCUCUCAAAUUUUGUGCACAAUUUUUUUUUACAUUUGUUUAAACAGCAUGAUAAUUACACAGGUGCACCUUGUGCUGGGGACAAUAAAAGGCCACACUAAAAUGUGCAGUUUUAUCACACAUCACAAUGCCACAGAUGUCUUAAGUUUUGAGGUAGCGUGUAAUUGGCAUGCUGACUGCAGCAAUGUCCACCAGAGCUGUUGCCAGAGAAUUGAAUGUUAAUUUCUCUACCAUAAGCCGCCUCCAACUUCGUUUUAGAGAAUUUGGCCGUACAUACAACCGGCCUCACAACCACCAUGUGUAUGUGGGCGAGCGGUUUGCUGAUGUCAACGUUGUGAACAGAGUUCCCCAUGGUGGCGGUGGAGUUAUGGUACGGGCAGGCAUAAGCUAUGGACACAAACACAAUAACAUUUUAUCGAUGUCAAUUUUAAUGCACAGAGAUACCGUGACGAGAUCCUGAGGCCCAUUAUUGUGCCAUUAAUCUGCCGCAAUCACCUCAUGUUUCAGCGUGAUAAUGCACAGCCACGUCGCAAGGAUUUGUACACAACUCCUGGAAGCUGAAAAUGUCCCAGUUCUUCCAUGGCCUGCAUAUUCACCAGACAUGUCAACUAUUGAGCAUGUUUGGGAUACUCUGGAUCAACAUGUACGACAGCUUGUUCCAGUUCCCGCCAAUAUCCAGCAACUUCGCACAGCCAUUGAAGAGGAGUGGGACAACAUUCCACAGGCUACAAUCAACAACCUGAUCAACUCUAUACGAAGGAGGUGUGUUGCACUGCACGAUGUUAAUGGUGGUCACACCAGAUACUGACUGGUCUUCUGAUCCACGCCCCUACCUUUUUUCAUGUGAAAUCCAUAGACUAGGGCCUAUUGAAUUGAUUUCAAUUGACUGAUUUCCAUGUAUGAACUGUAACUCAAGGAAAAUCUUUGAAAUUGUAGCAUGUUGCGUUUAUAUUUUUGUUCAGUGUAUUAUCCCAGUGUAUGGAAAUUAUUAAGACAAACUAUAUAGCCAAAAGGCUCUAUUAGGGUACAGACCAUGGUGACAAAAAUAUCCUGCACUAAAUCUGUAAUGAGUUACAUGAUUAAUCUUUAACUGAAGAGCCUCCAUGUUUGUUGAAGUCAUACUUGGCUAAUGAGGAGAGAAGGGGUUACCAACAUGAGUUAUCUAAAAUCAGCUAUAAAUUAUGCAGUUUGUUAUAUAAUCAAAUUCAAACACCACUAAUUUGCAAAAAAAGGUUGAUUUGUCCUGUAUUUCAGUCAGACAUUCCAACCUGUCUCUUUUGCAGUCACGUUGCGCUUUUGACAAGAUAUAUAUCAUAAGGAUGUGGUACUGGUGAUGUUAAACAUGUUUACAAUCAUUGUUGAGAUCUGAUAUUCUGUGCAGUGCAAGACGAGACGUAGGCCAAUGUCAUAUCGUCAACCAAUCACAUUUGUCAAAUCCUUUCUGUCUAAAUUCCAGCUAAACUUGGAGAGGACAGUUAACUACUUACAAAAAGCGUGCUUCUGAUUUAGAGCUACAAAAGUAAGUAAAUAGCCAUAUUAGACUGAAAAGAUAUAGGCCUAAGGUGAUUUCACCAAACUUGUGAGACUCUCCAUGCACAUUAGUUGCUCAUUAAACAUAUUUGCUUCUAGACUACUUCACUUAAUCAAGUUUUCAAAGUCUCCAUUCCUAACUGUUUUAUAUUCCCUGAGACCAACAAGAAAUGUUUCUUUGGCCAAAUAUUUCCCGAUUUUCAUAAAACAGCCACACAUUUGGUCUAGUUUUUUGCAUGACCAUAUUUAGCUCGAAGCAGAAGAGUAGUCCAUAGGCACGCUUCAAUUAGCUAGUUCGUUGCAGCCGGAGGGGGAUUUUUGUUGUAUUCAUGUAUGCUACACUGUCCCGCAAAUGUCCCACAAAAUCAUCCCUUUGUCCCGCAUUUGGGUAUAAUAAAUGUGGUCACCCUAGUCACAGUACUAGCUGAACAGAGACUGGGGUAGAUUCAGUGCUAAAGUAAGGACCUAUGAAGUUAAUUAUAACAGGAUCAGUGGAGUGGUGGUGCAUAGAAUUGCUGCAUUGUUCUUCUCUGCAGAACUGA